AGAGACAGAGGACCCAGAGACAAUUAAGAAGAAGCGAGACAGCUAUAUAGCGAGUUUCAAACGGACGGUUUUUGAGCAACACGUGUUCCAGAGUGAGAGAGACAGAGCUACCCAGAAACAAAUGAGAAGAAGCGAGAAAGAUUAAGCGAGCGGUGGAAUUACCAGCUCUAUUGUAAGGCUCCCUCAACCGGUCAUCAUUGUUUAAAUGUGAAGCAGCGAUGCUAUUCAUUUAUAAUUGUUGACAGUUUUCAGUGAAACUUACUGUAUACUGUACACGUCACGAGUUUAUCGACACCGGUUAUCCUGCAUCCGGUCUAAACGUAAACUCUGCUUUUGCGUUUCAUUUCAGCUUCAGUCAGUUUCAACUUUCAGACUGCGUUUAAAAGUACGCGUUUAUGUUUAGAAAACGCUAGAAAACGUCCAUGUUUUCUGAAUAACGCAUUUAUUCAUCUGCUAAGCCAUGGUACGAGAGCGAGAAAAAGAAUCGGUGGCACUGUUGUCGUACGACAUGGUAACGUUCAUCGAUGCGAUUCGCAGCCAGCCGCUGCUGUGGGACAGGAGAGAGAAGGGUUACAACGAGAAGAAGCUGAGAGAUGAAUGCUGGGACACCAUUGGUCAGCAGAUGUUCAAAGACUGGGAGGGUAUCAGACCCGUCGGCAGGAAAAAUAGAGUGAACAGCAUGAAGAAAAAAUGGCGCCACCUACGUGACCACUUCUGCAAGCUACGCCGUAUGGAAGCUACCAACCCUCAUAAAAUGCCCAAGAAAAGCUACCUUUACUCCGACAAUCUGUCUUUCCUAUCAGAAGCCCUGGGUCUACCACCUCUCAUAAACAACACCAAGAUCACAGGUCUCAUUGAAGUUGAUCUUGAGGAGGAAAAGGAGGACGAACCUGACUACAAAUUCACACCUGAGAAAAAUUCACGGCCGAAAAAACGUCCGGCAUCCACGGAAACACCCGACGACUCACGGAAACACACGAAGCAGACACGAAGUGCCACGGAAACACCCGACGACUCACGGAAACACACGAAGCAGACACGAAGUGCCACGGAAACUCCCGAGGUUUCCCGAAGAUCGACCACAGAUAAAUAUCACCUAGAUACACCGCUGGAUGACGAGGGAAACAAAGAGAUCACAACCUUAGAGAAACACAGGAAGCAGACACGAAGUGCCACGGAAACUCCCGAGGUUUCCCGAAGAUCCAACACAGAUGAAUAUCACCAAGAUACACCACUGGUAGACGAUGAUGGUGACCGUUUAUUCCUGCUAUCUAUGGCCAAAGAUUUGAAAAUUAUGAACGAGACUGAGAAACUUGACUUCAAAAUUAUGUGUUUGCAGUUUUUUAAAGAGGUACGCCAAAGACGUGGUAGAAGUAGUAAUGGUUUUGGAGUAAAUUCGAGCUCGAAUCGGCAGAGUUUUGGUGGAUCAAGUUUGAUCAGGUUCAAUGAGAAUGGGGAAAGGAUAAGCGUGAUAGAAGGCGUACACCUUGAACCAAACGUCAUUCAUGAGGGAACUGUUUAUGAAAUUAUGUGUGAAGAUGAAACGUAAAAAUUGAUGAAUGAAUGAGUAAAAGUUUUAACAGAAGUAGACUUACAAACGUCAUUCAUAAGACGCUUCAACUGCCUCUGAUAUUAUGUGUGAAGAUGAAACGUAAAAAUGAAUGAAUGAAUAAAAGUACUAGUGAAAGUAGACCUACAAAUGUCAUUCAUGUGGGAACUGUUCUUAGUAUUACGUGUGUGGAUGAAAAGUAAAAAUUAAUGAAUGAAUAAAAGUUGUAGUAGAAGUAGAACUAAGUUAAAUUCAUAAUAAACGAACUAUUUAUUCAAACAA